AUGGCACCAGUUCAAGGUUUGGAUGCGAGCGCUUCGGUGCCUUCGCCGCUUACAGCCUCGAAGAAGGAAAACAGCUACUCACAGCUCGCUCUCGUCACUGAGCAGGUCAAGCCGACCAAGCACCAUCACGAUCUUUCGCGCAUCAACGAGUCUUGCAACGAUUCGCAGCCUGAUCCAAAGGGCAGUUGGAGGAGCUGGAGGCGCGGAGAAGGUUUACAGCCAUGGGAGAACGAGAUCGUUGGAAGCACUGAGGUGCAACGUAAGGCAAAUGUAGCCCAACUCUACUUCCUCAACUACUACUUUGAUAACCUCCGCUACCUCGCCGAUCGCAAGGCUAGACAUGCCCGUUUCCAAGAGUCGACACGAUCUCGCGGGCUGCUUGCAGAGACUGAGGACGCCGCUCCUACACCAGAGUAUCUCAGAGAGCGCAGCUCAUACUUUGGUCGCGAACGCGCUUUGCUGCGCAAGAGGAGGACCAAGCUGCGCGUCAACCAAUUCCACAUCAUCAGCCAGGUCGGAGCAGGUGGUUAUGGCGAGGUCUUCCUUGCAAGAAAGCGCGACACAGGCGAGAUCUGCGCGCUGAAGAGGCUCAAGAAGCGCAUUCUGGUCAAGAUGGAUGAAGUGCGUCACGUGCUGACGGAGAGGGACAUUCUCACAGCGACCAAGACGCCUUGGCUCGUCGCUCUUCUGUAUGCUUUCCAAGACCCUGACCACGUCUUCCUGGCGAUGGAAUACGUGCCCGGUGGAGACUUCCGCACACUUCUUUGCAACAACGGCGCUCUGAAGGAAGAGUACGCAAGAUUCUACAUGGCCGAGAUGAUCGUUUCGGUCAACGAGCUUCACCGUCUGGGCUACAUUCACCGUGAUCUGAAGCCAGAAAACUUCUUGGUCGAUUCCUCAGGUCACGUCAAGCUGACCGAUUUUGGACUUGCUUCCGGAGCGCUCAAUCCUGGCAAGAUCGAAUCGAUGAAGGCCAAGCUGGAAGCAGUCAAGGAGAGUGACUUUGUCUACCGAACACCUGCUGAGCGUGGCUCCAUGUUCAAGAAGAUGAUCCAGCACACACAACACCGCGCCAACUCGAUUGUCGGUAGUCCAGACUACAUUGCACCGGAGAUGUUGCGCGGACGAGAGUAUAGCUUUGGCGUCGACUACUGGAGUUUGGGAUGCAUCUUGUACGAGUUCCUGUGCGGUUUCCCACCUUUCAGCGGCAGCAAUGCAGAGGAAACGUUUGCUAACCUCAAGAACUGGCAAAAGGUGCUCCAGCGUCCGGUCUACGACACUGCCGAGAACAUGCAGUUCAACCUGAGCGACACAGCAUGGGAUGCUAUCACCAAGCUCGUCGACACACCCGAACGCCGUUACAGCAGCCUGGAAGCAGUACAGGCACACGCCUUCUUCCGCUCCUUGGAUCUUGGAGGUCUGCGUGAGCUCAAGGCACCUUUCAUUCCCGAGUUGGAGAGCGAGGAGGACACGGGCUACUUUGACAAUUUUGAUGACCCUGCGGAUAUGGCGCGAUACAAGGAUGUGCACGAGAAACAGAAGAAUGUCGAGGCUGUUCGAGAAGGUGGCGCUGGAGCAGGUGGACGAGCCUUGUGGGCUGGCUUCACCUUCAAGAACAACAAGAUAGGUGCCAAUGCGCAGUCGCUAAACGCGUCGUCUAGCAUCGAUGCUGCCGACGUUUUCUCGACUAUGUUCUGA